GAACCUUUCCAAGUUACUGUCCGAGAAGACAAUUGUAUCAUUGUCUCCCUGGAAGCAUCUGAUGUGGUGAGCUCAUCCUCUGUAUAUGUUGUGAAGAUAGCUGGAGAAUCCAAGAACUACUUUUUCCAGUUUGAAGAAUUCAAUAGCACUUUACCUGCCCCUGUGGUUUUUAAUGCCAAAUACCAUGGCCUAUAUUACAUAGUAACUCUGUUGGUAGUGAACUCAAAUAUGGUUUCCAAGUCAGCAAGAUCAAUCACUGUGUUAACCAAACCCCUUCCUGUGAGCAGUGUUUCUAUCUAUGAUUACAAACCAUCUCCAGAAACAGGAGUGUUGUUUGAAAUUCAGUACCCAGAGAAGUACAAUGUUUUUACCAGGGUAAAUAUAAGCUAUUGGGAAGGAAAAGACUACCGAACAAUGCUGUACAAAGAUUUCUUUAAAGGUAAAACAGUUUUCAAUCACUGGCUACCAGGUAUAUGCUACAGUAACAUCACAUUUCAGUUGGUAUCAGAAGCAACCUUCAACAAAAGCACGCUAGUGGAAUACAGCGGGGUCCAGCAUGAGCCCAAACAGCACAGAACAGUUCCUUACCCACCUCAAAACAUUUCUGUUCAGAUUGUACCAAUCAACAGAGGCAACUGGGAAGAGCACAGUGGGAAUUUUGCAGAAGAAUCAUUCAUGGGACCACAAGAAAUCAUAAGGAAAGAAAAAGUUAGCCAUUUUUCUGACAAUCCGCCUGAAAUUCCAGCAGCGAACAUAUCUGCAGCUUGGCCGGUCUACCGCUAUAAUAGCACUGAGUACGAAACCACAUCACAGCCAUACUGGUGGUCUAAUGAAGCUGAGUCAUCAGAGGGUGAAGAGGAGUUUGUCAAUGCAGUUUCCAGCGAUUAUGAAGCCAAUGAUGUCAACAUAUCUGGAAAACUCACACCAGAGCCCCCUUCCUUCCUUCCUGUACAAAUGGUGCUGACCUGGUUACCACCAAAGCCACCUACUGCAUUUGAUGGCUUCCAUAUCAAUAUUGAAAGGGAAGAGAACUCCACGGAAUUUUUGACAGUAAGUGAGGACACUCACAAAUUUGUUGCUGAAUUGAAAGAACCAGGAAAAUAUAAAUUGUCUGUAACAACAUUUAGCUCCUCUGGCUCUUGUGAAGUUCGGGGAAGUCAAUCAGCAAAAACGCUUAGCUUUUACAUCAGCCCCACAGGUGAAUGGAUAGAAGAACUCACUGAAAAGCCCCAGCAUGUGACCGUGACAGUGCUAAGCUCCACUACUGCCCUGACAUCCUGGACAGCAUCGCAAGAGAGCGGCGGCAACAGCACCAUUGUGUCUGUGGUCUCCCUGACCUGUCCAAAACAAAAGGAAAGUCAAAGGCUUGAAAAACACUACUGCACUGAGGUGAACUCAAGCAGCAGCCUCAUUGAAAAUCUUGUUCCUGGUGCCCAGUACCAAGUUGUGGUUUACUUACGGAAAGGACCGUUGGUGGGACCGCCUUCUGAUCCUGUUACAUUUUCCAUUGUGCCCACUGGAAUAAAGGAUCUGACACUUUACCCUUUGGGACCUACUGCUGUGGUUUUGAGCUGGAACAGACCUUUUCUUGGCGUGUUCAGGAAAUACGUUGUAGAAAUGUUUUACUUCAACCCAUCAACAAUGACAUCUGAGUGGACAACCUACUAUGAAAUAGCAGCAACCAUCUCCUUAACUGCCUCUGUGAGAAUAGCUAACCUGCUGCCUGCUUGGUAUUACAAUUUCCGGGUCACCAUGGUGACUUGGGGGGACCCAGAGCUCAGCUGCUGUGACAGCUCCACCAUCAGCUUCAUAACAGCACCAGUGGCACCCGAGAUUACCUCAAUAGAAUAUUACAACCAUCUUUUGUACGUCACCUGGAUCUAUGGAGAAGAUGGUACUGACCUGUCUCAUUCUAGGAUGCUGCAUUGGAUGGUCAUUGCAGAAGGAAAGAAAAAAAUCAAGAAGAGCGUAAGUAUAAAAUAUUACAACCAUCUUUUGUACGUCACCUGGAUCUAUGGAGAAGAUGGUACUGACCUGUCUCAUUCUAGGAUGCUGCAUUGGAUGGUCAUUGCAGAAGGAAAGAAAAAAAUCAAGAAGAGC